AUGCAGGAACAAGUCCCCACAGGGGAGGCAAGAGGAAAAUCCCUUCACAUCCUCCAGGCUGGGAAUCUGGAUGAAUUCCUGGAAAGCAGACCAGGAGUUUGGAUGCAUCAGCAAGCAGGGGAGGGUUCCCUUUCUCUCAUACAGUGGGAAGCCCAGUGGCAGGAGUUCCUCAGGACAUUGGAAUCCUCUCACUCUCCAUGGGGAAUGCCACGCUUACCAGAGAAGCCUUCCCCCUGGGAGGAUGCCAAGGCCUUUCUGGACUCCUUCGAACAAGUGGCCGAAGCCUGUCAGUGGCCAAAAGAUGACUGGGCGACCCGACUCCUGCCAGCCCUCAGUGGAGAAGCUAAGAGGGCCUUUAACAGUCUGGACGUCAGAGACAGAGAGGAUUAUGGGAAGGUGAAGGCUUCCAUCUUGCUUUGGGAUGCCCUGAGCCGGGAGAAGCAGCGUCAGCAGUUCAGGGGUUUCUGCUACGAGGAAGCCGAGAGUCCCCGGGAGGCUUACAGCCGACUGCGGGAAAUGUGCCAUGGGUGGCUGAGAGUGGAGAAUCACAGCAAGGAGCAGAUCCUGGAACUCUUGAUCCUAGAACAGCUGCUGAGCAUCCUGCCCCCGGAGAUCCAGAGCCGGGUGAGGGAGAGCGGCCCCGAGAGCUGCUCCCAGGCGGUGGCCCUGGCCGAGGAGUUCCUCUUGAGGCAGGAGAAGCAGAUGCCCUCUGAGGAGGUGGCUGGGAGCGUCUCUGAGGCAGGCGAGGAGGCCCCACCUGAGAGCGAGCGGAGGCGUCCCUUGAUGAGCGUCAAGGAAGAGGAAGACAGAGAAGCCGGCCCGCUGGAGAAACCUUCACCCUGGGCGGAUGCCAAGGUCUUCCUGGCCUCCUUUGAGCAAGUGGCCGAGGCCUGUCAGUGGCCCCAAGAAGAGUGGGCGACCCAACUGCUGCCAGCCCUCAGUGGAGAUGUGAAGCAGGCCUUUAACAGGCUAGAUGUCCAAGGCAGGAAGGAUUAUGGGAAGGUGAAGGCAGCCAUCUUGCGAGGGGACGCCCUGAGCCGGGAGAAGCAACGUCAGCAGUUCAGGGGUUUCUGCUUCCAGGAGGCUGAGGGGCCACGGGGGGCUUACAGACGAUUGCAGGAAAUGUGCAAUGGGUGGCUGAGAGCGGAGAAUCACAGCAAGGAGCAGAUCCUGGAGCUCUUGAUCCUUGAGCAACUGCUGAGCGUCCUGCCCCCGGAGAUCCAGAGCCGGAUGAGGGAGAGCGGCCCCGAGAGCUGCUCCCAGGCGGUGGCCCUGGCCGAGGAGCUCCUCUUGAGGCAGGAGAAGCAGGGGCCCUCGGAGGAGAAGGCUGGAAGAGUCUCUGAGGCAGGCAGGGCUCCGCCUGAGAGCCAGCAAAGGCGUCCCUCGAUGCACAUCAAAGAAGAGGAGGGCGGAGAGGCCAGCCUGCUGGCUGGAAGCAUACCUGCGAUGGCUGGGGAACUACAGUGGUCGUCACUGGAAAAUGCAAAGGAAAAAGACUCUGAAGGCAACUUUAGGGAUCCAGAUGGAAUCAAGAAGGAGGGAGACGACACAGACGAGAAGAGGGAUAAGCCCAUUCCAUGCCGAGGAGGGGGCUUCCAUGAAAUCCCAGUCCAAGAAGAAAGGUCUGCCAAAAGCAGAAGGAAUGAAGGCAUCCAUUCUAACCAGAGAACCCUCUCCAGGGAAAAAGGAAAUGAGAGUCUGGCUUCUGGAAAGACCUUUAUUCAGAAAAUGAGAGUUGUUCCCCAGGAGCAAGUUCAGUCAGGAGAGAAACCAUAUAACUGCUUGGAGUGUGGAAAGAGCUUCCGUCACCAAACAACUCUUACUUUGCAUCAGAGGAUUCACUCAGUUGAUGAGGGAAAUAAGGAAGAUGAGGAACUGCAUCAGCCAUCAUCAGAUAAAGCCAAGGGUCAAGAGUUGAAAGGAAGCAGAGAUGAGAGGCAGAAAGGAAGCCACGUGGUGGAGAAGAAGGAUGAACCCUAUCCUUGCCAAGGAGGGGAUUUCGGUGAAGUAAUUCGCAUGACAAAAGAAAGCUACAAAUGCUUGGAGUGUGGAAUGGACUUCCAGUUUCAAACCCAAUAUAACAUCCAUUUGCAAAUGCACAGUGGAGAGAGCACCCAUAAACAUUUGGAGUGUGGCAAGAGCUUCAGUUGCAGAUCAGAGCUUUUGAGACAUCUAAGACUCCACACAGCAGGGAAAGUGUUCAACUGCUCACCCUUUAGGAAGAGCUUCUCACAUGAAACAAAUGUUGAUCACCACCAAAGAAUUAAUUCAGCAGGGAAGCCAUUGAUCUGCUCAGGGAGUGGAAAGAGUUUCUCUAAUAGAAAAAAGGGGGAGAAACCUUUUGAAUCCUUGAAUUAUGGAAAGAAAUUCAGUCAGACAGGUGGUCUUCAGCAGCAUCUAAGAACUCACACAGGGGAGAAUCCUUUUGAAUGCUCCGAGUGUGGAAAGAAAUUCAAUAGGAGUUGCAAUCUUCAGCGGCAUCAAAGAACACACACGGGGGAGACACCUUUUGAAUGCUCAGAGUGUGGAAAUAAAUUCAUUGGGUAUUUCCAUCUUCAACAGCAUCUAAGAACCCACACAGGGGAGAAACCUUUUGAAUGUUCAGAUUGUGGAAAGAAAUUCAGUCAGACGGGCAGUCUCCAACAGCAUCUGAGAACUCACACAGGGGAGAAACCUUUUGAAUGCUCUGUGUGUGGAAAAAAAUUCAAUACUAGUUGCAAUCUUCAGCGGCAUCAAAGAACACACACGGGGGAGACACCUUUUGAAUGCUCAGAGUGUGGAAAGAAAUACAGUCGAAUGGACCAGCUGCAACAGCAUCUAAGAACCCACACAGGGGAGAAACCUUUUGAAUGCUCUGAAUGUGGAAAGAAAUUCAAUAGGAGAUGCCAUCUUCUACAACAUCAAAGAACCCACACAGGGGAGACACCUUUUGAAUGCUCAGAGUGUGGAAAGAGCUUCAAAUGGAGUGGUGAUUUUGAAAGACAUCAACGAACCCACACAGGGGAGAAACCUUUUGAAUGUUCAGAUUGUGGAAAGAAAUUCAGUCAGACUGGUAGUCUUCAACAGCAUCUAAGAAUUCACACAGGUGAGAAACCUUUUGAAUGUUUACAGUGUGGAAAGAAAUUCAGUCAGAGUUGCCAUCUUCAAGAGCAUCUAAGAACUCACACAGGGGAGAAACGUUUUGAAUGCUCAGAGUGUGGAAAGAAAUAUACUCAGAUUUUCCAUCUUCAAGAGCAUGUAAGGACUCACACAGGGGAGAAACCUUUUGAAUGUUUGCAUUGUGGAAAGAAAUUCAGUAAGACUGGCAGUCUUCAACAGCAUCUAAGAACUCACACAGGGGAGAAACCUUUUGAAUGCUUGAAUUGUGGAAAGAAAUUCAGUCAGACUGGCAGCCUUCAACAGCAUCUAAGAACUCACACAGGGGAGAAACCUUUUGAAUGCUCCGAGUGUGGAAAGAAAUUCAAUAGGAAUUGCAGUCUUCUACAGCACCAAAGUACCCACACAGAGGAGAAACCUUUUGAAUGCUCAGAGUGUGGAAAGAGCUUCAACUGGAGUAGCAGUCUUCAGCGACAUCAAAGAACUCACACAGAUGAGAAACCUUUUGAAUGCUCAGAGUGUGGAAAGAAAUUCAAAAGGAGUUGCAAUCUUCUACAGCAUCAAAGAACCCACAUGGAGGAGAAACCUUUUGCAUGCUCAGAGUGUGGAAAGAGCUUCAAAUGGAGUGGUAAUCUUGAACGGCAUCAAAGAACUCACACAGAUGAGAAACCUUUUGAAUGCUCAGAGUGUGGAAAGACAUUCAAUCAGAGCUGCCAUCUUCAAAAGCAUCUAAGAAACCACACAAGGUAG